GCAGCGCGCACACGCCCCUCCAGGGACUGCUGCUGCUGUCUCGGCUUCUCUCUCCCGGACCUGGCAAGUCCUAAUUAGAAGAAGGAGAGGAGCAUAUAAAGGGGGGCGCCGGCUGAGAGCAGGACUAGUCACCGGAGAUACAGGAGGUUAGCAGCCCGCCUGGGGUGGGGGGUGCUGGGCAUGGUUUGGUGACAUCCCGGCUGAUGGCUGUGAGGAGACAAUUGCAUGGUGCUGAUCGCCUCCAGCUCCCGGCUGUUCUGUGUGGAAACAAUGGAUUUUUAACAAUGAGUGUUCUGCAAUAUUAAUUCCCGGCACCAUCAAGGUGAAUACUUUUCCACCAUUGAUUAAGUAGUUCACUGGUUGCAAGUUCCACGGCGUCUGCUUGGCCCCUGUAAAGUAAACAUGGCCAAACCGUACGAAUUCAAUUGGCAGAAGCCUGUUCCUUCUUUCAUGCAAGAUGGAGCGAUGUUUGACAGAUACGAGGAGGAAUCAUUUGCAUUUGAACCAAAUUGCCUCUUUAAAGUGGAUGAGUUUGGCAUCUUUCUUACAUGGAAAAGUGAAGGAAAGGAAGGCCAAGUCUUGGAAUGCUCGCUAAUCAACAGUAUACGUUAUAGCAUAGCACCAAAGGAUCCAAAAAUACUGUCUGCACUGGAGGCUGUUGGAAAAGCGGAAAAUGAACUAGAAGGCCGGAUAGUGUGUGUGUGCUCUGGUACAGACCUGGUGAACAUCAACUUUACUUACAUGGUAGCAGAGAGUGUCGAAUUAGCUAAGCAAUGGGUAGAAGGGCUAAAAUCUAUCACGCAUAAUUUUAGAGCCAACAACGUCAGUCCAAUGACAUGUCUCAAAAAACACUGGAUGAAACUCACAUUUCUCACAAACGUAAAUGGAAAAAUCCCAGUCCGAAGUAUUACAAGAACUUUUGCCUCUGGAAAAACAGAAAAAGUGAUUUUUCAAGUUCUUAAAGAAUUAGGUCUUCCAAGCGGAAAGAAUGAUGAGAUCGAACCCUCUGCUUUUACAUUUGAGAAGUUCUAUGAACUAACACAAAAGAUUUGCCCCAGGACUGAUAUAGAAGAGCUGUUUAAAAAAAUCAAUGGAGACAAAUCUGAUUAUUUAACGGUAGACCAAUUAGUGAGCUUUCUAAAUGAACAUCAAAGAGACCCUCGGCUCAAUGAAAUCCUGUUCCCGUUUUUUGAAACAAAGCGGGCCAUGCAGAUCAUAGAGACAUACGAACCUGAUGAAGAAUUGAAGAGAAGAGGUCUCAUAUCAAGUGAUGGGUUUUGCAGAUAUUUGAUGUCUGACGAGAACGCCCCCGUCUUUUUAGACCGCUUGGAGCUGUACCAGGAGAUGGAGCACCCACUUGCGCACUACUUCAUAAGCUCCUCUCAUAAUACAUACCUUACCGGAAGACAGUUUGGAGGCCGAUCGUCAGUAGAGAUGUAUAGACAGGUUCUUUUAGCUGGGUGCAGGUGUGUUGAGCUGGACUGCUGGGAUGGAAAAGGUGAAGAUCAGGAGCCUAUCAUCACGCAUGGGAAGGCUAUGUGUACAGAUAUCCUCUUUAAGGAUGUAAUCCAAGCCAUCAAGGAGACUGCGUUUGUCACGUCGGAAUAUCCCGUAAUCCUUUCAUUUGAGAAUCACUGCAGUAAAUAUCAACAGUACAAGAUGUCCAAAUACUGUGAAGAAAUAUUUGGGGAUCUCCUGCUGAAGCAGCCCCUGGAAACCCAUCCGGAAUAUGUCACUGCAUUCAACAAGCAAGGCAAAGGAAAGCAUGCUCAGCUCACUCAUGAACUAGAUCCUGGGAGAUCUUUGCCUUCUCCAAAUGACCUGAAAAGAAAAAUUCUCAUAAAAAACAAGCGACUGAAGGCUGAGGUGGAAAAAAAACAACUGGAGGCUUUAAAAAGCGUGAUGGAGGCUGGGGAGACAGUGGCACCUGUCAGCAUCCUUGAAGAUGACAUUGAAGAAGAAACUGAAAAUGCUGAUCAGGAGGAGGAAGCCCACCCUGAAUUCAAGUUUGGAAGUGAGCUCUCAGCGGACGAUCUUAGCCAAAAAGAGGCUGCAGCAAACAUCGCAAAAAAAGUAGCAGAAGAUGCCGAGCAAGAAAACAAUAACAAAAAGGGCGCAAUAACCGCAGAUGAUGAACAAGCAUGGAUGGCAAAUUAUAAAUACGUAGGCGCCACUACCAAUAUACAUCCGUUUUUAUCCACAAUGAUCAACUAUGCGCAACCAGUAAAAUUUCAAGGUUUCAAACUGGCAGAAGAACGGAACAUUCAUUUCAACAUGUCGUCCUUCAAUGAAUCGGUGGGGUUGGGUUAUUUGAAGACACACGCUAUCGAGUUGGUAAACUAUAACAAACGUCAGAUGAGCCGAAUCUACCCCAAGGGUGGGCGAGUGGAUUCCAGUAAUUAUAUGCCUCAAAUUUUCUGGAACGCCGGCUGCCAGAUGGUCUCUCUGAACUAUCAGACCCCAGAUCUAGCAAUGCAGCUGAACCAGGGGAAGUUUGAAUACAAUGGAUCCUGUGGGUACCUUCUAAAACCAGACUUCAUGAGACGUCCAGACAGAACAUUUGACCCAUUCUCUGAGACUCCUGUGGAUGGAGUGAUUGCAGCCACCUGCUCUGUUCAGGUUAUAUCUGGGCAGUUCCUCUCAGACAAAAAAAUGGGGACGUAUGUUGAGGUUGAUAUGUAUGGAUUGCCAACGGACACUAUAAGGAAGGAGUUCCGUACUCGCAUGGUAAUGAACAACGGUCUGAACCCGGUUUAUAAUGAGGAGGCUUUUGUAUUUCGAAAGGUUAUCUUACCUGACCUCGCUGUGCUGAGGAUAGCCGUGUAUGAUGACAACAAUAAGCUGAUAGGCCAGAGGAUAUUGCCAUUGGAUGGUCUCCAGGCAGGAUAUCGGCACAUUUCACUUCGGAAUGAAGGCAACAAACCCCUUUCCCUGCCAACCAUUUUCUGCAACAUUGUUCUGAAAACCUACGUCCCUGAUGGAUUUGGAGAUAUUGUUGAUGCUUUAUCAGAUCCUAAGAAAUUCCUGUCUAUUACUGAGAAGAGGGCAGACCAGAUGAGAGCAAUGGGGAUCGAAACAAGUGAUAUUGCUGAUGUGCCAAACGACAACACAAAGAACGACAAAAAAGGGAAAACCAAUAAUGCCAAAGCCAAUGUGACUCCUCAAACAAGUUCAGAGCUAAGGCCGUCUGCUGCGUCCUCCUCCGGGAUAGCAAUCGAAGCUAAGAAAGGUAUAGAUCUCAUUCCUCAAGUGAAAGUCGAAGAUUUGAAACAGAUGAAGGCAUAUGUCAAACAGCUAAAGAAGCAACAGAAAGAGAUAAACUCUAUGAAGAAGAAACAUGACAAAGAGCAAAGUGCUGUGAGGAAGGUACACUGCACACAAGCUGACAAAUUAGUGGCACAACUUGAUAAGGAAAAGUUGUCUCUUGAGAAGAACUUAGAAAAAGCAAUCAAGAAGAAAGGAGGAAAUAACUGUGUUGAAAUGAAGAAAGAAACAGAAAAUAAAAUUCAGGUUUUAACUUCAGAUCAUAAAUCCAAGGUGAAAGAAAUUGUGGCUCAACAUACGAAAGAGUGGUCAGAACUGCUUAGCACACAAGCUGCUGAUGUGCAAAAUCUCCAAGAUCUACAUUUAAGUCAGCAAUGUGAACUCCUGAAAAAGCUGCUGAUCACCGUCCAAGAGCAACAGACACAACAGCUGAAACUCUCCCAUGACCGAGAGAGCAAGGAGAUGAGGGCCAAUCAAGCUAAAAUUUCCAUGGAGAACAGCAAAGCCAUAAGCCAGGAUAAAUCUAUCAAAAAUAAAGCUGAGCGUGAAAGGCGAGUGAGGGAAUUGAACAGCAGUAACACAAAGAAAUUCCUUGAAGAAAGGAAAAGGCUGGCAAUGAAACAAUCAAAGGAAAUGGACCAGUUGAAGAAAGCCCAGCUGGAACAUUUGGAGAUUCUGGAGAAGCAGAACGAGCAGCUUUUGAAAUCGUGUCAUGCUGUGUCUCACUCACAAGGCAAAGGAAAUCCAGCAGAUGGUCAAACUGGAAGCCGAGAUGGGCCGCAGGCCAGCAACAGUUGUGUAAAGCUGCAAAAUGCAAACUGAAGUUGAGCAAUUCACUGUCCUUUUGAGAACACUGUAAUAUAACGACCACAAACACUGAAUAUGAAGUGUGCUCUUAUGUUAUACCCUUAUUAUCUUGGCAGGAUUUUAAGACUGGCAUAUUUCCCUUUAACAUUUUGAGCACUGCACUAUUUAUGAUAAAGAAGUCUAAUUAUACAGUUAUAAAGAAACAGAGAAUAUUUUUAUUAAUGUUGAAUCAUAUGUUAAUAGUCUAUCAUUGUUUGAGAAUCUAUCUCGUUUUAUGUUAUUUCAAGGUGAUUUUGUUGUGUUUUUUAUUAGGUGUCACCAAUGUAGCAAAAUGUAACAGAAGAAGGGUGACCGCUCGUGAAAGCACUGUUACACUCGGAGUUUAUCGGGGUCGGGUUGGGGGAAUUGUACUGUACCUUACGAUAGCAAAUCUGUUGCCUUGUUUGAUUUUUUUCAUCAUAUCAUUAUGCUAUUAUUUUUAUUCCCAAUCUUAAAAAGCAAACUCUAGGUUAUAUAGAGCUUAUAGAAAGAAGAGUUGACUUUACUCAGCAAGCACAAUGCGUUCUAAUCUGCAGACGUCCUGUAAAGCUGUGCUUUGGAGACCAUUAGCAUUUUCAUCUAAAUUGUACAUUUGAAGAUGGAGAGGGAGAGAACAAAGCAGUAAAAGAGACAGAGGGUGUUUGUUGAUUGAAAAUCUGAAUUGCCUGCUGUAUCCAAGUGAUUUUCUUGUUCUAGCGUGGGCAGCAAGAAAAUCAGUCUUUUCUCCAGGAAGUUUUUUUUUAUUUAUUUUAAUCAUCAUACUGUAUGUGACUUGUUUUAACCACGUCUAGUUUGGGUUUUUCUUAUAUUAUAACUGAGUGAGAGUGCUAAAGUUUUUAUUUGGUUACUAUGUUGUCAUGAAACAGAUAUCUUAGUAUUUAAUGGUUCCUCUGGUUUGGAGAACGUAAUCUCUUACGGCAUUCUGUUGAUAACAAUACAUUGUAUAAUUGCAGAUUAUCCAGUUCCCUCAUAUUAAGUGUCUCUAAACCUGAGAUGUAAAACUAUUCUGCAGCUGAACAUAAUUAUACAUUUAAGGAAGCCAAAUGUAUUUUUAUUCAGAUGAUAGUCUUUAAUUGUAACAUUUGUUUUAGUAUAUGAUACUAUAAUACUAACAAAUUACGUUGGCGUCAUAUAUAUCAAUUCAUAAUAAAGGGGUUGUAAACCUAAAAGGUUAAAAGUAUAUUUAGCAAAAGUGAAUAAAGCAGCUCACUGUCUCUUUCUCUAAGCGGGUAGUCACAGCAAGACAUCAAGGACCAAUCAGCAGCUGAACGACAUGUAGCCCAUUCAGGGGAUUGUAAAGAAUCCUGCAGCUAGUGACACUUGUUACAUAUGUCCUCUCAUAGUACACAAUUGUCAGGAAAGUUAUGCAGUCUGCAAAAACUUUUCUAUUUAGAAGGGAACUUGCAGAUUUGAUUGACAUAUGAAGGGGCUCCUACUGCUAUUCAGGGGCAGAUUAGCCAUAGACCUUACAGGGAAAUUUCCUGGUGGGCCGAUGCCCAGAAGGCUGCCUCCUCACGGCCAGCCAGUGGAAGUUUUUGGGGAUGUAUUUUGUGCUGCUGGCAGAAGUAUUUUGUGAUGGACUAUGGUAUUUGGCUCUUUUUGGGUGGUAUAAUGUGCCACAAUAUGAUAAUGCUGGCCCGCCCACUUGUAUUGGCCCUACCUUCCAUCAAGUUGGACCCGACUACAAAAUGGGGACACUUUUAGUAUUUUUUCCAGGGCCAAUUUAAGUUCCCAGUCAGCCCCUGCUGCUAUUAAUAAAAAAAGAAAAUUAUAAGUAAAAAAUUUUCAUCUUGAUUGAUUGCUGUUAGGCCCCUGCCUAUGGCAUGUAUUACUGUUUUUCUGUUUACUACCCCUUUAAUAUGAAGUUUAUGAACUUUUGUUUUCAAAUAUUUGUCAAAAUGCCCACUUGGCACCAAAGAUAUUCAAAUGUUCCGUGUCGAGGUAUGUUUAGACUAUAUAAAAUACCUUAGAAUUACUUGAAUUUUAGGAGACCUAUCAAUAAAGUGCUUUAAUAAUAAAUAUGCCUAAUUUAUUUUCCCUAAUAUAUACAGCAAAGACAUACAUAUUUUAGGGAUAAAAUGUUAUAGAGCAAUAAACUCAAGCUCAGUGAUAACCAGUGCUCACAUGUUAAAAGGAUCAUGCAUUUGGCACUUUAAGAAAAAGUUUGCAUCCAAUAUUGUAUAGAAACUGCAAUUUCAGGUUUAAUGCUGCAGACUCAAAAACAUUCAUUGUGUUGCAUUUUUGAAAACUCCAAAGCGGGAAGGAAGAUUGUUUGUAACUGUGAAGAUGUAUAAAGUAUUUAUACUUGUCCUCAAAUAGGUAGCAUUUCCAUAUUCAAGCAGGAAAAGCAAUUUUUAAUUAUAACUGUUUAUAUGAUAUUUGCAUGUUCGACAGGCACCACUUUUAUGCAUAAGACCAUAUCCAUGAUGUAUUUAAGUAAAUGUUGUUUUGACGUUUCUCACAAAUUGACUUUUUUAUCAAAACAGUUUUGUGGCCAUUAUUGUUUUGUGAUUCAUACAAACUGUAGGAUAAAUUUGAAAAAGAGUAAAAUUAUGUAUGCCCAAAUUAUGAAAAGUCCAAUGUUUUAUGUUUGGUUUCUGUCCCAAUAGUUGAUUAGGGAGUUAUUGUAACUUGCAUGGUCCCUAAGCCUGCAGUAUACUUAUUUUACAGGAAAGUGCAUGUAAAGUACUUACUGGCAACAUAUCCAUGCUGUCAGUGCAGGAUUGACUUAGAUAAAAAUGAUCUACUGAAAUUUUUGUAUUCUCAAAACCAUGUUUUUUUGUAUGCACCAAUCUGUUCUAAGCUCCCUCAGUACCCAGAACCACUGUCUUUUAUAAUCCUUAUGCAAAUGUGUGAAAAUGAAUCCUUUAUAUAUAACACAAAUUAAUUUUGGAUUUGGUUUAUUAUGUCUCCAAAACACAAUAAAAUAUUUCCUCAAUGGUGA